UUCCCUCCUCCACCUCCUUUACCCGGUUCACUCCCAGUCCAGCACCACCCGCAGCAUCGCUAGUCGGCAGUCGGCUAGUGCUCCUCCCACCCGCUGCCUAAAGAUCCCACGCCGGCCACCGCCUUUCUAUCCCUUCCUCCAUGGAGUCCCACAACGCCGCCGCCGCCGCCUAAAGCUCCCUCCUUUCUUCACCGUCAGCCAAUGGCCGCCGCCGUCACGAUGCUCGUCGCGGCGGCGCUCUUGCUGGCCCUGCUGCCGCGGGCGGCGGACGCGGCGGUGGGGGUGAACUGGGGCACCGUGUCGGCGCACCGCAUGCCGCCGCCCGUCGUCGUGGACCUCCUGCGCGCCAACGGGAUCGCCAAGGUCAAGCUCUUCGACGCCGACCCGGCCGUCCUGCGCGCGCUCGCCGGCAGCGGGGUGCAGGUCAUGGUGGGCAUCCGGAACGAGGCGCUCGCGGGGAUCGCGGCCUCUCCCGCCGCCGCCGACGCCUGGGUCGCGCAGAACGUCUCUCGCUACGUCGCCGCCAGGGGCGGCGUCGACAUACGAUACAUUGCUGUCGGAAAUGAGCCUUUCCUGACAAGUUAUCAGGGACAAUUCCAAUCAUAUGUUCUUCCAGCAGUGACCAAUAUUCAGCAAUCACUGGUGAAAGCUAAUCUUGCAAGCUACAUUAAGCUUGUUGUCCCAUGCAAUGCUGAUGCUUAUCAAAGUGCAUCUGUUCCAUCACAAGGUGUAUUCAGGCCUGACCUGACUCAGAUUAUGACUCAGCUUGCUGCUUUCCUCAGUACAACUGGAGCCCCAUUCAUGGUCAAUAUCUACCCCUUCCUCAGUCUUUACCAGAACUCAGAUUUCCCUCAAGAUUAUGCCUUCUUUGAUGGAUCUAGUCACCCGGUUGUGGAUGGCCCCAACGUGUACUACAAUGCUUUUGAUGGCAAUUUCGACACACUGAUUUCUUCUUUGAGCAAGAUUGGCUAUGGGCAACUACCUAUUGCAAUUGGUGAGGUAGGUUGGCCAACUGAAGGAGCAACAACCGCAAACCUGGCUACAGCUAGGGCAUUCAACCAAGGCCUGAUCAGCCAUGUUUUGAGCAACAAAGGAACUCCACUACGCCCAGGGGUGCCUCCAACUGAUGUAUAUCUUUUCAGCCUACUUGAUGAAGAGCAAAAGAGCAUACUGCCUGGUAAUUUUGAGCGACACUGGGGAAUUUUCUCAUUUGAUGGGCAGGCCAAAUACCCACUGAAUCUUGGACUAGGCAGCCCGGUUCUGAAGAACGCUAGAGAUGUACCAUAUCUUCCACCACAGUGGUGUGUUGCGAACCCUGGCCAAAAUCUAAACAAUGUAGGAAAUCACUUGAAGCUGGCUUGCACUAUGGCUGAUUGCACCACUCUCUACUAUGGAGGCUUGUGCAACGCAAUUGGGGACAAGGGAAAUAUCUCUUAUGCCUUCAACAUCUACUACCAACUGCAGAAACAAGAUGCUAAGAGCUGCGAUUUUGAUGGACUUGGAAUGAUAACUUACCUCGACCCUUCCAUUGGUGAGUGUCGCUUUCUUGUCGGUAUUGAUGACCGCAGAGUGCUUGCAAGAUCAUCUUAUUCAGACAGCUCCUCUCCAGUAAGCUGUGGGUUGUGGUUGAUGACUAUAUGGGUAUUUGUGUGGUUCACAAUUGUGGGUUCUUUCUGAUAUCGAACAAGCUCUCUUGGGCACGAUUUGCAUGUCCUUGUGAAGUAGCUUCUAUCCAUGGAUUCUAGAUUUAGGAAAGGAGAGACAUCCGUAGAUGUACAUGAUCAUUAGUUUGUUCUUCAGAUUAUGCUAUCCAAUCAAUUAUGCUCUCUGCGUAUUCAUCAGGAUACAAAAAACUUCCCUCUAGAUUGAAAUGCAGAUUGAUAAGAGAUCAUUUUGUGACUCUAUUUUGCCUUA